AUGGACCUCCUCCAAACAGUGCGCAAAGAAGGCUCUCGCGGCGGACGCAACGAAUUCUCCUGGAGCGACGUCCAAAACGACCCCCACCGCCAAAACUACCUCGGGCACUCCNNCCUGAUGGCCCCCGUAGGACGCUGGCAAAAAGGCAAAGAUCUGAAUUGGUAUGCCAAGGGCGAAGACGGCGAGGAAAUGGACGAAGCAGCACAGAGAAGAGAAGAGCUGCGAAAGGUGAAACAGCAAGAGGAGGAUGAAAUGUUGCGGGCUAUGGGGUUGCCGGUGCCGGAUAGAGAGAAUGCGAAUUUGGAGCCUGUGGCGCUGAGGCCGGGGAUGGUAGGGCAGGAGAAGGCUGCAGUGGAGAUGGACAAGCGUGAGAGAAGUAGGAGUAGGGAGAGGAGACAUAGANNCGGCACGACAGUCGUGAGAGAAGGCACAAGAGACGGUCACGUUCGAGGGAUGGCGAGGAGCAUAGACGACAUGCACGACACAGGGACGGGCGCGAUGGCAGACGAGACGAGGACGCACGCAGACACCAUCACAGUCGUCGCGAGCGCUCGAGGUCAAGAUCCGGGGAGCGCAAGAGGCAUAGAAGUCGCUCGCCGAGGGAGAGGAGGGAGAGAGACAGAGACAGCGAUAGACGCAGGCGUCAUGAUUGAAGCACCAGAAGACGGACCAAACAGACUUAUAUCGACGACUGAACGACAAGGAUACAUGGUUCGCUAG